AUGUCGCUCUUCAUGGUCGUGGGCUCGACCGAGCCGCUGUACUCGCUGGACGUCAAGCCGCGCAAGGAGGAGACCGCGCAUGUCGACGAGUUCGUGCUCCACUCGGCCCUCGACGUCGUCCACGAGGCGAUGUGGACCAACAACAGCAUGUGGCUCAAGGUCGUCGACAAAUUCAACGACCAGUUCGUCUCGGGGUUUGUGACGGCAACCAACGUCAAGUUUGUGCUGCUCCACGAGAGCCGCAACGAAGACGCGAUCAAGGCCUUCUUCCUCGACGUCUACGACCUCUACGUCAAGCUCCUUCUCAACCCAUUCUACACGCACGACACGCCGAUCACGUCCAACGACUUGACACGCGCGUGCGUGCACUCGCCAAGCGCCUUUAA